AUGGUCAAAAGCCUCCAGGCAGCCAAGGAGGCUGCUGAAAAAGAGGCCCAGCUUCAGAUUGCUCUCAAGGCUGUUAUUGACUCUGGUUUGGAUGGCAAAGGAUGGCCCAAAUUGUCACUUCAGGCAGCUGCAAAACAGUACGAUGAGAAGGUAUUGGCUGAUUGGAUCAAGGUGCUGGGCAAACAAGGAAUUCCGCUCAGUCUUGAAGCAGUCACAGAACAUGCAUCACAUAUUGUUGGGGAAGAGGUCUCGGUUAACUGGGCAUGA